ACUGUGUACGAAGGGAAAAAGCGCACGCAACGCAAUUGUACUCCGGGAACGAUCUGCACCGCACACGUAACAGUGAUUUGUGGCCGUACACGAUUCAGAUGUGAUUUUCCCUCUCGCAGUGUCCGCUCUCCGCUCUACUGCUGGGAUAAACCCCCAAACAAAAAUCUUUUGCAUUUGGAAAGAACUGGCCAUCAAUAUAUAUUCUCAUUCCCAACAACCAUUGCUGCAUUUUCUAAGUAUCAAUUCCAGUAGCUUGCGAUUUUCUGCUGUUGAUUGUGCACCGGAAGUAAUCGAAAGUGGCUGGAAGUGCGAUAUUUCGGGUGGCGUUGUAAUAUUUCUUGAACUUGAUCGAUCAGCUGCAUGAGUAGUAAUCGAGGAGGAGGAGGAGUGUUAGUAGUAGGAUUAGGGAUUGAAGGGAAGUUGAAUUUGGAGUUGGGGAAAAGUGGGAGUUGGAGUUGGAGUUGGGGAGAGGAGGAGGGAGAGCGAUGGCCAGUAGUGUGGUUGUCGUUGCUCAUGGUCAGCCUUCGGCUGGUUUGUUUAGGUUUGGCCGGCUUCAGUCUCAUGCUGCGUCGUCGUCGUCUUGUCUUAGACUACGCCCUCGACGAUGGUUGAGUCCCCAUUUUGCCUCUCCUAGGCUUGCAGCUUUUAGGUUAAGGUGUUCAUUGACUAACACAGAUACCUACAAUUCUGUUGCAACUGAUGACGUGCAUGAGGAUACCACACCUCUUGAUUCAAAUUGUUCAGUUCCAGUUGUUCAUCUCAAGUCUGAUUCCCUGGAGACAGAAGGACUUAAUUUACUUGUUUGCAACACUUAUGCAGACACUGUCUUGACAACACUGCCUGUGUUAUCGGAGGAGGAGCAGAAUGCACUUGCUGCCACUCCUGCUCAUCCAGCUGGACUUUAUGCUUUAUAUGCUAGCUGUUUGGCUGGGAAUUUGGUUGAACAGCUAUGGAAUUUCGCUUGGCCUGCUGCCAUUGCAUUGAAUCACCCAAGUCUUCUCCCUGUGGCUGUGAUAGGUUUUUUUGCCAAGCUUGCAGUAAUUGUUGGAGGCCCUUUGGUAGGGAAACUAAUGGACCAUUUUCCAAGAGUACCUGCAUAUAACUGUUUGACUCUUGUCCAGGUAGCUGCUCAGUUGUUAUCUGUUGGAAUGAUAAUUCAUGCCCAUACCAUCCACCCUACUUCUGUGUCUUGUGUACUUGUCCAACCUUGGUUUCUUGUACUUGUAAUAGCUCUGGCUGUUGAAAGGCUCUCUGGACUUGCUCUGGGAGUUGCAAUGGAGCGUGAUUGGGUUGUUUUGUUGGCAGGAACAAAUAGACCAGUUGCGCUUGCUCAAGCAAAUGCAAUACUUAGUCGAAUUGAUCUUCUCUCUGAGAUUGUUGGAGCAUCGUUAUUUGGCAUUUUCUUAUCUAGAUAUGAACCAGCGACGUGCUUAAAGCUGGCUGCUAGCUUGAUGAUAUGUUCACUGCCUGUUGUGGUUGUUCUCACAUCUUUAACCAACUGGCUUUCUGCUGGAGUCCUGGACCAUGCCAAAUGUCCACAAACUGGCUGCGGAUGUUCCUCUGCAGGAUUGAUCUCAGAUAGUGAAAAUAUUUUGGGUUCAAGUGUAGAAGCUAUCAAGCAUGGAUGGUUUGAAUACAUUCAGCAACCAGUUCUACCGGCGAGCCUUGCUUAUGUGUUACUCUACUUCAAUGUUGUUCUCGCUCCUGGUGGUUUGAUGACUGCUUUCUUGACUCAGCAUGGUCUAAAUCCUUCAAUUAUUGGAGGCUUCAGUGGAUUAUGUGCUUUUAUGGGCGUUGCUGCAACAUUUGUUUCCGCAAAAAUGGUUGAGCGGCUAGGCAUACUAAAGGCUGGAGCAGCUGGCCUGAUCUUUCAGGCUGCACUUCUAACCAUUGCAGUUGCUGUGUAUUGGUUUGGUUUUCUUUCUCAGAAGAUUCCACUUGUAUUCUUCUUGUGCUUAAUUGUUUUGUCUAGAUUGGGUCACAUGUCAUAUGAUGUUGUAGGGGCACAGAUUUUACAAACUGGGAUCCCUGCAUCUAAAGCUAAUCUUAUUGGGACAACAGAGGUCUCAUUUGCCAGUUUGGCAGAGUCAGUAAUGCUAGGGGUUGCAAUAAUUGCAAAUGAUGUAUCGCAUUUUGGUUUUCUGGCAAUGCUGUCGCUUCUGUCGGUAGUCGGGGCAGCUUGUUUAUACUGUAGUUGGUUGAAGAACCCAACUGAUAUUCAGAGAAGUCUCUUUUCUUUUGAGCCACAUUUUCCAUCUGCAAAAGGGCUAAUGUAGGAAAUUGACUGAAACAAGAAUUCAUACUUCGGGGGCUUUGACCUCAAAGAAGCCCAAGUAUUGAAGGUAGAUACACCAAACGGUUGAUUCUGAAAGACUGCAGCCUCAUUAGAGAUGCCAAACUGGCAGAGUGCUCUUGAAUUAAUCCUCAGUCAAUCAACUCGGGAAUAGUACUGAUGGAGCACGCUAACGAUAUUUUUCAGAUGCAGCAUUAAAGAUCACUACCAUCUGAUGCAGUGGCUGUGGACCACUUCUUUGCUGUCAAACAAUAGUUGUAGUAAUCUUUUUCCCCUUCUCCUUCUGUACAUGAUAUAACCUUUGCUGCUACUGCUGCUGCUUUCAUAAUGUUUACCUGUAGGAUUUGAAA